AUGAGAGCGCGCUUCAGGGGCCCGUCAGGCACUGGACUCCUCGAUGUCGCCGACGAUGCCACAGUUGAGGUCGUAUUCGAUGAGAUCAGGGCCAAAGCCGGCAUCGACCGUUUUACCAUCAAAUAUGGCCCUCCGAUGGCUAUGAAGACGCUCAACCGCAGUCACAAUGACCAGCUUGCCAGGUCUCUGGGUCUCAACGGGGAGACACUGACCAUCGUCCCAGACGAGCCAAGGGGCUUAUCCUCGACACGUUCAACACCCGGUGGAACAGGGGCGAUCUCCCAAGGCGAUGCUCAAACCCUGCGUAGACCGCGUCCCGAUGAGAUUCCAGACGACAUCACUAUGCCUUGGCCAGAGCGCGAUGGCACUUUGGGCAACCAAGUGCUCCGUGUCAUGCCCAGCGACAAUAGCUGCCUUUUUACUGCGUUCGGUGGGGCCUUGCCGGAGCAGAUUGUAGCCCAAAAGCUGCGUCACAUGAUGGCAGACUAUAUCAUGCAACAUCCCGAAGUCUACACCGAAGCAGUCCUGGGAUGCUCGCCUGAAUCGUACUGUCAAGGCAUUCAAGACCCGGGGCACUGGGGCGGUGGCAUUGAACUGAGUAUUCUCUCUGCCGUUUUCGAUCUUCAAAUCUGCACCUACGACGUCCAGACGCAAAGGUUGAUCACGUUUGGUGAAUUGAAGCAGCAUCGCUGUAUUCUGGUCUACUCAGGGAUCCAUUAUGACCGGGUUGCCUUUUCCUACUCGGAGUUCCCACACAACGUUGCCACGCUGCCGCCGGAAGUGGAUCGCACCGUUUGGUCCACGAGCGAUGCCGAUGUUCUUCUCAAGGCGCAGCAACUUGUGCAAAAGCUGCAUGUAGCGCAUUACUACACCGACACCAACGGUCUCAUCCUCAAAUGCGACGUUGCUGGUUGUGACUGGAUAGGAAAUGGGCAGCUGGAGGGAAGAAAGCACGCAGAACUGACUGGCCAUAUCGAGUUGAGUGAGAUUACCGAGCCUGAUGGGGACAAUAAACUUCGGAGGUGUGAGGCAUCAGGUUGUGACUUCAUGGGCCUGGAGGACUGGGCGAUUCAGCAGCACCGCGAUAGCACCGGCCACGAGCGGUACUCGGACAUUGCAGACUGCUAG